AUGGGACCAAGGGGCAAAAACCCUGCCGCUCUGGAAGAAGAGCUCCUCGCCAAUUGCAAAACCAACCUUGUUGGAACCGUUCAUCUGUUCAACCUAUUCCUGCCUCUCGUUCUCAAAGGCCAGCAGAAGAAGGUCAUUGCCAUCAGCUCUGGAAGUGCGGACCUUGAGCUAAUCUCCAAAUUCGAAAUCGAAGUGAGCGGACCUUACGCUGCCGGAAAAGCGGCCACCAAUGUCGUAGUGGCAAAAUUCGGUGCCGAGUAUGCCAAAGAGGGGGUGCUGUUCAUGAGUAUCUGCCCAGGGGUAGUUGAUACUGGACAUUUUGACCCUGAGAAAUUGUCGGAGAAAGAACUGCAGAGUACACUGGAACUUGCCGGCAAGUUCAAAAGAUAUGCACCACAUUUUGAAGGUCCGGCAACCCCAGAGGCGUCUGUCAAAGCCAUCAUCUCAGUCUUCGAGAAAUCGAGCAUCGCAAAGGGAGAUUCAGGUGCCUUCAUUUCUCACCUUGGAACCAAACAAUGGCUCUGA